CAUUCAAAUCGAAGUUUAGAAACUCAAAUCAAGUCAAUCGAUCAAGAUAAAAGGUUGAAACAUGAAUGAUUAUUGAUCAUUGUUGACUUUUGCCAAUUAUUUCAAGCUGAGGAAUAACAGAAGUUGGUCCCAUGCUAAAAUGCCGAAAGCCUCCCUUUGGCAACACCCGUAUGUGAAUGUCUUCAAGCAUCUCAAUAUAGGAGAAUGGAGAAAAUCUACCAAGGAGGGGGAGGUCAUGUCCGUCAUGGACAAGAGCUUGAAGUGUACAGUGUAUAGAAUUACAGGUUCCAUCCCAGCAGGCAACUACAUCCAGCUGCCAAGGACAUCAUCACAGUCGCUGGGCUUAACAGGAAGGUUCUUGUAUCUCCUCUUCAAACCUAUCGCUGGCAAGUACUUCGUAACCCAUAUUGAUGUAGCCACCCAUGAUGGGUUGGUGGUGCGCCUCUCCUUCUCCAACCUCUUCAAGGAGUUUAAAUCAACGUCCACCUGGCUCCAGUUCCCCUUCAUCUGCCCUGCUGGCAAGGGCUCCGUCGAGAGGAUCACCUCCAAGUCGGUCCGCAAAGACCUCCAUGGCCCAGCCCCGUCGAGCUCCAAGUGGACGCUCCUAGUGCUUGACCUUCAGUACAUUCUCUCCAUGUACCUCAACUGCAAGUACAAGUAUGUCAAGAGUGUACGUCUCUGCGCCAACAUGUACGUCAAGAAUGUAUUCACCAGCGACAUGCAGUAUGAGCCGGACAUAUCCCUGCAGGAUGCACGCGACAUGGGUCUUCUGGUGCAGGGCAUUGCUCCGUUGCCGCGGGAGAUGAGCUUCAGGGUGGCCAAGGGGGAGAGGUGGACCGACCACUAUGAUUACAUCAGGUUUCCCUCUGCUGGUUCCAAGGUUCCCUUCGACUCGGUACAGCUCAACAACUCGGGUCAUGUGACAAGGUCAACCAUACAGGUCCCCGGUCAUGUGAGCCCCCAGAGAGUAUCGCCAAAACAAGUCUCUGUCAGUCGAGAUGCAGAUUCACAGUCUUCAUUCUCACAUUCUGCCAGUGCUGUCAAACAGAAGAAGAAAAGAUCCACCAAAGCAGUGAGCAUGUCCCUGCCCGAGGUUGGCGUGAGUGGCGAACUAUCAGUUCUCCAAGGCAGUCAAGGGGAGGUUCAUGUGUUUGCUCAGCCUGAAGAUGAUAUCACAGUCCACAGGCACGAUGACAAGACUGGAAUGACUCUCUCAACCAGGAUAUCAAAGCCUUCUUCAAAGCAUUCCUCUAAAGCCUCUUCAAAGCCGCAUAGAGAUGAGAUAUACAAAAGCCUUCAGCCCGAUCCCAUAAUCUCAUUGAAGAAGAUAAUCGGCUUCGGAGGAGUGACCACUGAUGAGAUACUAUGGGAUCACCAUGGAAACCAUGUUGUUUACCCCUGUCAUGCCGUCAUCGUCUCCAUGGGGGUCAGCGAUGGUCUGCAGAGAUUCUUCAUUGGACAUACAGAUGAGGUGUCGUGCUUGGCAUUGAGCAGCAGCGGAACUCUCCUAGCGUCGGGCCAGACAGGGCAGCAAGCUGUGGUGAGGGUGUGGCACUAUCAGUCCGGAGAGGGGCUAGCCAUGUUUAAGGCCCACACGCACUCUAUCUUCACCCUAAGCUUUUCAGGUAACGGAACCAGUCUUUGUGGAGUUGGGAAAGAUGGACAUGGCAAAAAUAUGGUUGUUGUGUGGAACACGUCCCGGGCUCAUCGUCGAGGUGACGUGCCUGUCAUCGCCAAGGCCCAUACCGAUGUAGAUAUCGUCCGCAUGAGAGUCUCACCGUAUGAUGAAACAAAAAUGAUAUCCUGUGGUAGAGACAAUGUAAGGGUUUGGCGAGUAAGGAAUGGCAGUCUUCGCUCUGCCCCUGUUAAUCUUGGACAGGUGACGGUCGCUGAGUUUACCGAUGUCUGCUUUGAAGCGCCCUCUACGCCGGGAAUGGAACCAGCAGACAAAGUCGCGUAUGCAUGUACAAGGUCUGGGCAUAUAUUUGAGGUAGACUAUGCAAGGGUUUGCGUAGCUCAUAUCAGACGAUUACUCCCUGUUGGCAAGCAUGUCAAAGAAAAAGGAACAUUUCGAACAGGUGCGGGUAUAGCUAUCAAUGCUAUGUCAGUGAACAGUGCCUUCUGUGUGACGGGGUCAGAAGAUGGUGUCCUGCGGAUCUGGCCCUUGGACUUCAAGAGUGUCUUCAUGGAAGCAGAACAUGAGGGUCCAGUCACAGCCGUCUCUAUAUCCCCCGAUGGCCUUCGCAUCCUGGCCGGCACUGCCACCGGUAACUUUGGUGUCCUUGAUGUCUCCUCUCGCAAGUACACUACGCUGAUGAGAUCCCACGUCUCCAGCAUCCUGGCAGUUGCUCUAGAUCCCCUGAGGAGGCAGAUGGCUACCGUCUCUGAGGACCACACCAUCAGGAUCUGGGAUCUUGAUACUCUGCAACAGCUGUAUGACUUCCAUGCCCCUAAGGACACCCCCUGUACCAUUGCCUACCAUCCAUCCCUCUACUGCGUUGCCUGUGGGUUCGACAACGGUUUGGUUCGCAUCUUCAGUAUCUCAUCGACCAGUCUCGUUGCAGAGCUGAGUGACCUCAAGGGAAAGGUCACCGGGUUGCUGUACUCUCCGGACGAUCGCCACCUCUACUCUGCCUCCUCACUGGGCAUGCUGGCCCUGUACGACGUAUCGGACGACAGCUACAGCACCAUAAGGAUUCUGGGUAAUAUGGUUGCCAAGGGUGAUGCGUACUGUCCCAGCGCUCUGUCCCUUAGUCCUGAUGGGAGGAGGCUAGCGUUUGUUGGACCGUCAGAAUUCACCGUCACUGUCGCUGAUGCCAGAACACUUGAUGAGGUGCUUAGAAUCGAUAUCUCGUCGAUAACAGCCGACAGAGAAACGUCCGGUCUCGACAUGGCCCGACGUGUUCACUUCCCUCCGGCCAAGACCAAGCAGCUCCUUGUUGCUACGUCAGAAAAUAACCUGCUGAGGCUGGAUGCCAACAAUGGAAGGCUGAUUAAUAAGGUUUCCAGUAUUCAUCGGUCUGGCUUGACUGGUUUAGAUGUGUGUGAAGACUGCAGACACAUGGCUACAGCGGGUGACAAGGUUAUCAAGGUGUGGGACUACCACAUGAGGUUGGAUCUUAAUUUUCAGGUUUUCAUUGGUCAUUCAGAUGUGAUUAGACAGGUCCUGUUCACACCGGAUGGAAUGAACGUUGUCUCUGUGGGGGAUGCUAUCUUCAUCUGGGAUUUCUAUGGUAGUAAUCAAGUGCCAUCGACUCUCAGUGAAACAGUUACUGGCGCUCUGAAAGCAUCAAGGGGCACAACACCUAAGAGACCCAAGACCCUGGAUCUGAAUGGUAGUCUGUUACCACGGCACCAAGCACCCAAGCCAGCCACGCCCACUCAACUGACAGACAUUAGUAGCAUCCGAGAAAGAGAUGGUGGUAGAUAUGAAUCAGGAGAAGAGGUUCUCAUCGGACCAGAUCUAGAGAGCAGGAGUGACAUGUCUUCUGAUGAGGAAGUCACGCUGAUACCAGAGACCCUAGGGUCCAGUCAGAGGACCAGGACCCAUCGAAGACCGAGUCCUGGACCGUCUCAUGCGGAGGGUCCAGAAGGUGUAUUCUCCAUGGAAACCAUGAAAUCGGAGAUGACCGCCAUCAGCAAGGAGACGUCAUCCCAUGACAGGCCAAGAUGCUACAGUCAUUUCGUGGCCAAGCCAAACAAGUCCCACCUUGCCCAGCGUCGUUACAUCGCCCCUAGCAACCAAGCCGGCCUGAAACUGAAGAGGGUCCUUGGGUACAAUGGGAAUGGUCGAGGGAAUGUCAUCUGGCACCCUGACUCUGGUCUCUUCGCCUACACAUACGGGUCUAUCAUCGUACUAGAAGACCUGGAUAAUAGCUCACAGACCCAUCUCCUUGGUCAUAUGGAAGAGAUAGCUGUGUUAGCUUUACAGAAUGAUGCUCAGAUCCUCGCAUCGGCCUCAGGAGCCAACGGCUUGACGUCAAGUCAGAUCUGUCUCUGGGACCUACAGGGCGCCCUCUGUCGGAAGACGCUGUCAUAUCAUGAGCAUGGCAUUGUGGGAUUGGCGUAUUCGCGUGAUGACAGGUUUCUGGUAUCUGUUGGUGACUACCGUGACUGCAGUAUUGUAGUGUGGAGCACCCAGGAUUACAGCAUACUAGCAGCCUCUAAGACAGCUCUACCAGUCCACUCCCUUCUCUGGGAUCCAUACACAUCCAAUGAGUUCACUUCGGUGGGUGAGAAAGGAACGAUACUCUUUUGGCUGCUGGAUGAGAGUCAGGGGCGUGUCAAUCUUAAUGUCCACGAGGCCCAGGUCCCACAGGAGCUCAUGGACCAUAGGAACGUGAUUCUUGAUGAUGUGGCCUUCACAAGUGCAGCGUACGGUGGAGAUAAUAUCCUCUAUGUGGGAAGCACUACUGGUGUCCUCUCAGCUUGGGACACCAAGCACAAUUCAUGCUUCAUGCAUUGGGAUGCAGACACUGCUGAAAUAGGAGUGAUCGUCACCAAGUUUGGAAGCGUUCGCCUAAUCACCGGAGGGGCGUCUCGUUUGCUUCGUCUCUGGUCGGUUCACGGGAUGGGAGAACUCAGACUGACGGCUGGCUACACCAACAGUGGCGUCGGCCAGGGUCUUGUGAUGGAGGAUGAGAUGGCACUAGAUGGCGCUAUAACCUCGGCUCGGUUUGAUCACACCAUGGACGUAGGUGUGGUAUCGACCUCUGAAGGUACUCUGUGGUACAUCAAUUGGAUUGAGAGGACUUCCAUCAGAUUGGUCUCGUCGCACACUGCUAAGGUGACUGAUAUUGCCUUUAGUGAGAGUGAUCUGUUUGCAACCUGUUGCCAUGACGGCAGUCUAAACAUCUACUCUCUGGCAGAUAUGGAACGCAGUAUACAGUUUCAGGUCCUGGACCAGAGUUGCAACUGCAUAGCAUUCAGCCCUCGGCGGUUUGAUCUCCCCAGUCAGGCCCCGUCCUCCUCCGCCUCCAUGAUAGUAGCUGGUUACCGUGACGGCACCGUCCGUCUCUUUGACCUGGUCAGCUGUGAGAUGACCAUCAAGAUGCAGCCCCAUGCCCACUCGGUCACUGCUAUAGCAUUUUCUGUGGAUGGUCAUGUGAUUCUAUCAGGCUCUCACAAUGGACUGAUAGUGAUAAGCAACCCGACAACAGGAAUGACCAUGAGGGUCAUACAGGAUCACAAAGGAGCACCUAUUACGGAUAUACAAGUUCAUCAAGAACUAGAUACAAGCGAUCCAAGUUACCAUGCCCUUCAUAAGUGGCUGGCCGUCAGCGGUGACCGGAGGGUAAGCGUAUGGAGGGCCAGUUGGGCCAAAGAUUUCUGUGAGAUGGUGGACUGGCUGACCUACCCUGCUCCAGCCUUCACACCCGACGGUGCUCCCAUAGAAAAGAGUGAUCCGAACCGUUAUGACUCGCUGCCACCCAGCCUGGCGAGAUUCUCCGCUUCAGACCCCAAUGUUAUCGUAUAUGUUGGAUACGGAAUGCAGAAGCAAGUCCUCUUCUACAACCUGGCACAGAAGAAGGUGUUGCGGUCGGCAGCAUUGACCCACUGGAGCACAUCAUUUGACCUGAAUCCGAGGGGGCAUCUCAUUGCCUUAGCCACACGAGAACGUCUAGUGAAAGCAAUGGACUACCAUGAGUGCAGUUUCCAGGACUUUGUGGCCCACGGUGAUGCCGUGGACCUAGUGAGAUUCUCCAGGGAUGGGGAACAACUGUUCUCUGUCUCUGGUACUGAGAUACUUCUCUGGGACGUAGCUGUUUGAGGGUCAGUGAAAACCAUGAGGAUUCUUGUAGCCAGCCCACAGCGAUAGCAUAGGUCUGGAACAGAUCUCCAGGGACUGGAAACUGUUCUCUGUCUCUGGUACUGAGAUACUUCUCUGGGAUGUAGCUGCUUCAGGGUCAGUGAAGACCCUUAUGACUCUUGUAACCUACAACGAUACCACGGGUGUGGUCGAGUUCUCCAGGGAUAGGAAACAAUGAUUCUCUGUCUCUGGUAGGAAGAUACUUCUCUUGGGUGAAGCUGUUUGAGGGUUAGUAAAAACCGUAAAGACUGUUGUUUGCAACCCACAGUGAUACCAUGGAUGUGGUACAGUUCUCCAGGGAUAGGAAACAACUAUUCUCUUUCUCUGGUACCAGGAUACUCCUCUUGGACGUAGCUGUUGAGGACCAGUGAGAACCCUCAAGACUCUUGUAGCCAUCAGUAACACCAUGGAUGUUUUACAGUUCUCCAGGAAUGGGGAAUAACUAUUCGCUGUCUCUGGUAAGGAGAUACUCCUUUUGGAUGUAGCUGUGUGAAAGAUGGUGAAAGCCCUCAAGAUGCCUUAGACCUGGUCUCAUUAUUUUUCAUAUUUUAUUCUAAUGUUUCAGAAUUGAAACAAAAAAGAAAAUGAGUGGAUGUGAGAUAUUCAAAUAUUGAUAUUAAUUGCAAACGUGUAUAAUUAUGAAAAUCCAUCCAUAAACAAAACACUGUUUGUUUCUCACCAUUUAUCUUACAAGUGAUUUACAGCCGCUUGGUCAAAGACAUCACAUUUUUAUAGGUAUACCCAUUUAAUAUAAUUGAUAUUUGUUCCAAUUGUCACCUGUUUUUAGACCAUUUACAUUGGCUUUUAUUCUGUCUAAUAAUCAAAUAGACCAACUACCUCUUUGUCAGAUGAUUUUCCCCCAUUCCAUCAAAUAGCCUUUGAUCCAUUAUCCAUUCAUCUUAUCAGAUAGACUAAGAGGUUAGACUGGCUGGGCUCUGUCUUCCAGCAAGUUAUGGCAGAUUCAAAUGAAUUUCUAAUUCAAAUCAAUCUCAUAUUGUGAGUGAUUGAAAUUUAUGUAAAUUUCAAUUUCAAUUUAAACUCAAUGUAAGAUGGGCCUGUGGUCUGAUAUUGUAAGAAAUGGUUAAAUGGGAUUCGUGAUGUUUACACAUUACACCAGAAGUUCAUACAUCAAACUAGUUUUAGAUGAAAUGCAGUUAGACCAA